UUGCCGGGUAAAUGGACAACGAAUCUACCCACCGUUCUAUGGUCCGACAGAUGCUCAAUACACAACCCUACAGGAUAUGCACCUGUAGUAUUGAUUACUGGGCAAAACCCAGUUCUAUCAAUAGAACUCAGCAUGCCAACCUGGCAGACAUUACCAUAUACCAAUGUCAAAACAAGGGAAGAUUUACUA